GAGUUGGUGUGUUCCAAUUAACUCCCCCUCCGCCUCCGCCUCCUCCUCCUCCUCUCCCCUUCCUCCACCCCCCCUUUGCUCCGCUGGAAGAACCAUUCUUGAUCCAGAUUCCGCACGCCCGCGCGCCCGAUCGUCCGCCCGCCCGCGCAAACCCUAGCUAGGAGGGGCUCCGCGCGGCCGCCAAUUCGGCCGCUUUGAUCCCGGGAAUUCGCGGCGCGCCGGGCGACGGCGGGGGCGAAUCGGAUGGUGGUGGGGGCGGGCUGAGGGGGAAGCUGCGUUCUUCUUCGCUGCGGCGGCGUCCGGCCAUGCAUCUCUCGCUGUGGAAGCCGCUGUCGCAGUGCGCGGCGAUGCUCAUGGACAAGCGGCACCGCCCGCCGCGGCCGCCGGCGUCGGGCGCGGGGGCGGGGUCCGGCGGCGGGCGGCGGCUGCAGGAGAGCAAGCUGCGGGAGGCGCUGGAGGAGGCCUCUGAGGACGGGUGCCUCACCAAGUCCCGCGACGCGGCGCUGCUCGACGACGGGGACGGCGGCGGGGAGGACGGGGGUGGCUCCGUCGGCCGGUCGCGGUCGCUGGCGCGGCUCAACGCGCAGCGCGAGUUCCUGCGCGCCACGGCGGUGGCGGCGGAGCGCGCCUUCCUGUCGCCCGACGCGCUCCCGGCGCUGGCGGACGCCCUCGCCACGUUCCUCUCCAUGUACCCCAAGUACGCCUCGUCGGCGGACGUCGACCGCCUCCGCGCCGGCGAGUACCCGCACCUCGACAAGGCCUGCCUCGACUACUGCGGCUUCGGCCUCUUCUCCUACCUCCAGAGCUGCAGCCCCGCCGACUCCUCCGUCUCCUUCACGCUCUCCGAGAUCACCGCCAACCUCAGCAACCACGCGCUCUACGGCGCCGCCGAGAAGGGCACCGCCGAGCACGACAUCAGGACCCGCAUCAUGGAUUACCUCAACAUCCCGGAGUCAGAGUACUGCCUCGUCUUCACCGUCAGCCGCGGCUCCGCCUUCCGCCUGCUCGCUGAGUGCUACCCCUUCGCCACCAACAAGAAGCUUCUCACCAUGUUCGACCACGAGUCCCAGUCCGUGAACUGGAUGGCUCAGUCCGCCAGGGACAAGGGGGCCAAGGCCUACUCCGCCUGGUUCAAGUGGCCCACCCUCAAGAUCUGCUCCACCGAGCUCCGCAAACAGAUAUCCACCAAGAAGCGCCGACGCAAGAAGGACUCUGCUACCGGCUUAUUCGUGUUCCCGGUGCAGUCCAGGGUCACCGGGGCAAAGUACUCGUAUCAGUGGAUGGCAUUGGCGCAGCAGAAUAACUGGCAUGUUCUGCUGGACGCCGGCGCAUUGGGGCCUAAGGACAUGGACUCGCUGGGCUUGUCCUUGUUCCGGCCAGAUUUCAUCAUCACAUCAUUCUAUAGGGUGUUCGGAGCUGAUCCUACGGGUUUUGGCUGCUUGCUGAUCAAGAAGUCAGUGAUGUCGUGCUUGCAGAGCCCGAAUGGCGGGACGGGGGCAGGGAUGGUGCGCAUUCUGCCGGUCUUCCCGCAGUAUCUUAGUGAUUCGGUCGAUGGGUUUGAUGGUGUCCAGGAUGGCCUUGAGGAUGAUAUGAUCAUUCCUAUCGAGGAGGAGUCGUCGACGAUGAACAGUCACCAAGCAUCUCAAUUACCUGCCUUCUCGGGUGCGUAUUCCUCGGCUCAGGUGAGAGAGGUGAUUGAGGAGAGCGAAUUGGACCAGGACAGCUCAGAUAGGGAUGGUGCCAGCACGAUUUACGAGGAGAAUGAGAGUGUGUCCGUCGGGGAGGUGAUGAAGAGCCCAGUAUUCAGCGAGGAUGAAUUGUCAGAGAGCUCUUUCUGGGUUGAUUUGGGCCAUAGCCCACUUGGUUCAGACCACUCAGAACAGGGGAAGUUGGGAUCUCCACUGCCUGCAUCCUGGUUUUCUGGUAGGAAGAACGCAAAGAAGACAUCACCAAAGGUGCCAUCCAAACUGGCAAGGAGCCCUAUUUAUGACAACCAUGUCGUGUCCUUCGAUGCAGCUGUGAGGUCAGUAUCACAAGAGCUAGAGCAUGUGAAGGAAAUUCCAGAGGAAGAUUGUUCAUACAAUGGAAAGGUCAGCGAAGAUUGUUCAUAUACCGACAAGGUCAGCGAAAUUGAAGAAUGCCAAGAUGUUCAUGAAAAUAAGAGGUUUGUAAAAUUCUCUUGUGACAAUGGGCGCACAGAAGGCAGUUCGGCAUCUGUUUUUGGGGGUUAUGCUGCAAAUGGGAAUGGCUCCACUUCGGAGAUUUGCUCAGAAAACCAAGUUGAAGCUAAAGACAGUGCCAUCAGAAGGGAAACAGAGGGUGAGUUCCGUCUACUGGGAAGGAGGGAGGCACCGAAUAGCAGAUUCAAUGGUGGCAGGCUCUUUGGAGUGGAAGAAACAGAACGAGUGUCAAGUAUGGGGCGCAAGGUAUCAUUCACCAUGGAGGAUAGUAAGCUGUGUCGCAACGCAGAUGCUGGGGAGACAUCUGGAUAUGCAGUUGGAGAAGAAGAAGAAGAUGAUGACUACAGCGACUACGAUGAGAUUCAGGAUGGCAGGCGAGAACCUGAAAUCAUCUGUAGGCACCUUGAUCAUGUGAACAUGCUGGGUCUGAGUAAGACGACGCUAAGGUUGCGUUACCUGAUCAAUUGGUUAGUGACCUCUCUACUGCAGCUUCGGUUGCCUGAUUCUGGAGACGGUGAUGGGGUUCCCCUUGUCUAUAUCUAUGGCCCGAAGAUAAAAUAUGAGCGAGGAGCAGCAGUCGCAUUCAAUAUAAAGGACUGCAACACCGGAACUUCGCUGAUCAAUCCUGAAACUGUACAGAAGAUGGCAGAGAAAGAAGGCCUCAAUGUUGGCGUCAGUUUUCUGAGUCAUAUACGCAUCAUGGACAUCCAGAAACAUGGGGUGGCUGAUGUGGGCCUCAGCUCUUCCCUGUGUAGGCCUACAUCAAACAGCCGGCACGAGAAGAAAAAUAACAAAAAUUCCAUUGCUAGGAUUGAAGUGGUCACUGCUUCUCUUGGCUUCCUUACAAACUUUGACGACGUCUAUAGGUUAUGGGCAUUUGUUGCAAAAUUUCUGGACUCAUCAUUCCUUGAACAGGAGAGGCUAUCAUCGAUCCCCGAGGAUCCAGAACAAUAGUGUUUAGAGGAUUUCGGUUGUGGCUUUUUGCAGCAUUUAGAGAAUUCAGUUGUGGCUAUUGCAGCUACUUUGUUAUAAAUACAGAAGGAAGGUGGUGGCGACAGUGUAAUUGUGAUGAGGGGUGGAAGAAGAGAUGUCAGGGCGCUUUUGCCUAUAGCUUUUGUAUCCGAAAAUGUGUCUCCCCUUGGCAUGAAUGGUUAAUACUCGGUGGCGCGGCUGGUAUAUUUCUUCAUUCUUCUUUUCCCCCCUUUCUGGGCAUGCGACUUUUUUGCUCGUAGAUUUUGGUCGAGAUUCAUGUGUAUCAUUCACCUGAUAAUUCCUUGUACUUGCUUGGCAAAGUGGCUCCAUUGGCCACGAAGUACGCUUGCCUGUAUGAUUCUUGCAACAUGAAUAGCAUGAUGAUGAUAGAUUGAUAGGUGAUCCACCCACCCCUUUUCAGUUCUCUUUGUCAAACUUGAAAUCAUCCGCGGUUCUUUAUAUGUUUGUAUGGAUGUUGGUCAAUGA